AUGAAAAUAACUGAAAUCCUGGGAGCUGGCAACAUCUCCAAAGCAAUUGAACAAUGCAAAGCCCCAGAAUCAUUCAGCUUCAAGAAGUUCUUUGAGACAAGUGGCCUCUCCAGUAAAUCCCCCGAUGAAGUGAAGGAAGUCUUCGCAAUUCUGGACAAGGAUGGCAGUGGCUACAUUGAUAAGAGCGAGCUCAAGUCUUUUCUCAAGUAUUUCUCUCCUGAUGCCAGGCUGCUGAGUGAUACAGAGACUCAGUCCAUGGUCUCUGCUGUGGACAAUGAUGGUGAUGGACAAAUCAAAUUUCAGGAACAGGAAAAUUUCAUCACCUUGGCUACCAAUUUCAACCCUGCUCUCAUGUUCUCUUUCAUAUCUUGCUGCGAGCAAGUUUUCAUUGUUACCUCACCGUACUUGUGA